AUGAGUACUCUCAAGCGGCACCAGAGCAUUCACACUGGAGAGAAACCAUUACCCUCCAGCGGCACCAGCGCAUUCACACUGGAGAGAAACCAUAUCACUGUUCAGUCUGUGGAAAGAGAUUUACUACACAGAGUCAUCUCAAAACACACCAGCGCAUUCACACUGGAGAGAAACCGUAUCACUGCUCAGUCUGUGGGAAGAGUUUUACUACACAGAGUCAUCUCAAAACACACCAGCGCAUUCACACUGGAGAGAAACCGUACCAUUGCUCAGACUGUGAAAAGAGUUUUACUACACAGGGUGAACUCCAGCGACACAAACGCAUUCACACUGGAGAGAAACCGUAUCACUGCUCAGAAUGUGCGAUGAAUUUUACUAACCAGUAUAAUCUCCAGCGACAUCAGCGCAUUCACACUGGAGAGAAACCGUAUCAUUGCUCAAACUGUGAAAAGAGUUUUAAUACACAGAGUGAUCUCAAGCGGCACCAACGCAUUCACACUGGAGAGAAACCAUAUUACUGUUCAGUUUGUGGAAAGAGUUUUACUAAACUGAGUCAUUUCAAAACACACCAGCGCAUUCACACCUGAGAGAAACCACAUCACUGCUCAGACUGGCCUGAAUUUUCAUCAAAAGGAUUAACUUUUAAUAAUCCGAAUAUUCUCCGCACACACAGAUACAUUUACACUAGAAAUAAACCGUUUCAUUGCA